AUGUUGUUCCUUCACUUCUUAGCAUUAGCUGCGGUUGCCACCGCUGCAGGUCGGAAGCCUACCUCGAAGCCUCCUGUGGUGAAAACUAGCAUCAAAGCUCCUCCUCCGGGCUCGACACAGGUGCCCGCGUCAAUUGCCCAAUCUUCUAGUCCGAGUCCUGUUGCUUCUCUUAGCUCUACCCGUUCCUCUUUAGUGGUUGUCUCUAUCAUCACUUCAUCUGGCUCACAGGUCUCGUCAUAUACUUCUUCGUACUCUGCACUUUCCUCAAGCCAAGGCACAUCCAGUUUCACUGCCGCCCUUCCAUCUUCUUCUUCGGUUUUGUCUUUAUCGUCUUCGGGUUCCCCAAGUCAGAGCACGGGCAUUGGCUCCACAACCACGGGGUCUUCUUCGACAUCCACUUUAUCAUCUUCCACUCUUUCAAGCCAAACCGCGCUCACCAGCUCCACGGCACCGGGGCCAACAUCCUCAGCACUCAUAUCUACCACCGCUUCCUCCUCGUCGGUGUCGUCAUCAACAACUUUGAUCUCUACGUUAUCUUCGUCGUCUACCUCGUCUACUACCUCUUCUUCCACAGCCACUUCGACAUCAUACAUUGUCUACCCCAAGAAAGGUAGCAAUAAAGUACAGACUGCGAAAAUCAAGACACUUCUCAGCAACUACGUUACGGACAAGAACAGCCUGUACGAAUCAGUGACCAACGGGCUUGGAGUUAACUACUGGAAACUACCCUUAUCCAAUGACAACGUUACAGCUCUCGCCAAGAAUUCCGAUAUUGCUUCGGUUACCAAAGCUGGCUGUGAUACCACCUGCUUCGACCCAACAACAUUUAUAGUGAAGCAACGGAACGCUGCCGACGAGAUGGUAUUCCUAUCCCAACGUCAGGGCACAACUCUGGACAUGUAUAACCACAGAUACAUCUAUGAGAGAGGGGCCGCGAGGAACGAUAUCACGGUAUAUGUAGUUGAUACUGGCGCCGAUCUGGGGAAUGAAGAGUUCACGAGUGGUGCAAAUGUUGCUAGGAGGGCCCGCUGGCUCUUUGCUAACCCAAACGAUCAAGUCCGGGGCGAUAAUGGUCCUAAAUGGCAUGGUACUUGCAUGCUGAGUAAGAUAACUGGCCAUCUCUAUGGUACUUCGAAGCGAGUCAAUCCCGUGAUUGUCAAAGUACCACUGGCUGCUACUGUUGAGGACUAUCUAGAAGGUGUCAGCAAAGUCGUGGACGAUGUUAGAACGAGGGGCGGGCGGAAAACCGUUCUCAAUCUGAGUUGGUAUUACCCUGGCCAUGUAGUUGAAAGCAAAGUCGGCUGGUCAGACCGCCUUUACGAAUUACUCAAGGAGCUUCAAGAUUCAGGAGUCAUUAUUGUUGCUGGCUCUGGAAACGGCGGACGUCCAACCAUGGACGGGUUUCCAGCUACUUUCGGUGGAACAAGGACCCCAAACCGCCUCCAGCACAUGAUUGUUGUAAGCGCUCUUGACGCCGUGAGCUACGAUAUGUAUGUAGCUUCUAACUACGACAACGCAGCUGGCCUUCCACACGUCUUUGCCCCAGGAUCGCUCGGCAUGCAGUGUGCGGAUGGGAAUCCGGGAGUCGACCUGGCUUACAAGCCCACAUCCGGAACUUCGCCAGCUACCGCCGCAACCGCUGGACUUGCUGCAUAUAUGCUCGCGCAGGGAGACCACGGUAUCACACCCGCCGAAAUCAAGCAAGCCAUCAUCGACCUCGCAUGGGUUCGUCAACAGGGUGGCCCUGUCACAGGCGGGAUGAAGGGGAUCUUCAAUGGCAUCCGGCAGCAGAAUACGAGCAGCUGUAUUAUCAUGAAGAAACGGGGAGAUGAUCCGCUAGAUCCGGAUGAGGAAGCCUGUGAUGCUGCUACUACUACUACGAUGGUUACAAGCACUCGUUCAGUGACCUUGUCCGCGACAGCAGGGACAUUUUUGACCGAACAAGAGGUAAAUCGAUCCGAACUCUAG